AGCAGCCCAGAGGACGGAGCUUCCCGCGCCGCCGUCCGCCCCGGGGGGAGUAUUUAGAGGCCGGAAUCCGGAGAGGAGCAGGAGAGGAGGCGACAGGUGCACCAGGCAUGACCGGCUCCCAGCGCUCCCAGUGCUCCCACUGCCCGCACACAGGGAAGGAAACACAGCCAUGAGCGCUGGAGAGGCGUCUGGAAACCACAAGAUGAAUGGGGCGACAUGAGGGACAUGUUCAGGGACUUUGUGGGGAAGAGGAGGCACUACCCCUUCCAGGGACAAAACGACGCUUGUAACGUUUCAUACAAACGUUUCAGGAGGUGGAUCCACUUCCACAGGAGCGGCACCGAGGCGCCUGCUGUGAGUACACCUCUGACCACUGGGCGGCGGCAGAGGGAGCGAAGCUUCGAGUGGGACACCGUGUGUCAGAGGCUGGAGUUGGACUCUCCACCCACACACCACGAAGCAGCACCCGGAGGCCUGCAGGGGGCGCUGCAAGAGACAACACUGGAGGGAGGUCUGUCCCACAGGCCGACUUUUAUACCUCUAAACACGUCACAUACCAUCAGUGCCAGGGGAAGACCUGCGUCACAAAAUGUCUCACAACAGGGAUGGAUGUGGAGAGCAGCAGUGGAAGAACCGGUCAGCACACAACAGACUGGCGCUGAUGUGAGAAGAUGUAGUUUGCUGCCAUUCACAGUUCUGGACAAAGCUCCCGAGAGUCCGCAGGGAGGGUCAGUGAUGAAGCUGGCAGCUCCGUCACUUCUGAACGACUACUACACUAAUGUUCUGGACUGCAGUUGUAACGGUACGGUUGCAUUAGCCCUGGGCUCUUCUGUUUUCCUCUGGAAUUCAGAAACCCGAGCUCUGGUGGGAAGUCUGGAGCCGAGUCCGCAAACGGGACGCCACCAGUCGGUCUCGUCUCUGUGCUGGAGCAGAGACGGCAGAGCUCUGUGCAUUGGGACCAGACGAGGGGAGGUAGAGCUGUGGGAUGUUGAAAAUAAGCAGAAUAUGAGGUGUCUGCCGUCACACCUUUCUGUGGUCGGAGCUCUUUCCUGGCAGCAGCAGUUACUCAGCAGCGGCUCAGUUCUCGGACGUAUCCAUCACCUUGACCCUCGGGCUCCUGCGCCUCUGGUUGGUGCGGCCGUGCAGGACGAGGGGAUCUGCAGCCUCCAGUGGUCACCGGGAGACGACUGGCUGGCCAGCGGCUCCACAGACGGCCUCCUCCAUAUAUGGGACCGUGACAUUGCAGGACCCACAAGGACAAAGCAGCCGGUGACGACAAUGAAACAGCCCAGUGCUGUUAAGGCGAUGGGAUGGUGUCCAUGGCAAGAGAAGAUCAUCGCUACAGGUGGAGGAUGGAAAGACGGAGAGCUGAGAAUCUGGGACACACAAUCGGGGACUUGUGUGAAUUCUGCCAACACCAACUCGCAGAUCUGUUCUCUACGAUGGGCUGAAAAGAAGAAGUGUCUGGUCACAGGCCACGGCCUUCCUCAUCACCAAGUCACCUGCUGGAGCUGGGGGUCCGCGUCCCUCAACCCGGUCUGUCAGCUCACAGUGGUGUGCCUUGUCGUAGCGGUGGCUCAGAUUCCCUCACAUCACUUCCUGUUCCAGAGACCCAUGUCCUGGUCCAAAGCGCGGGAGUUUUGUCAGCGGUACUAUGUGGACCUGGCCGUGCUAAACACAGAGGAGCAAUACUUUUCUGUCCUCAAUGCCACUCUUGGAAGCAAAGUCAGCUUCUGGCUCGGUCUGCGGCGUCAGAGCAGCCUCAGCAACUGGACCUGGGUGAACGGGGAAGAGCUGAAGUACACACACUGGUACAGGAGGAAUCACAGAAGCCUCUGUGCCAGUUUGGAGUCCAUGUUGGAUAAAGACGAGAAGCUGCUGGCUCGCUUCUGUGACGAGCCGCACAUGUUUGUCUGUCAGGGUCCACUUGCUCCACAGACGGCAGUGAAGGCAGCAUCAGUGGGCAACGGUCAGUUGAAUCUUAGCUGGAACAUCUCUGCCUUUAUGCAGAUGACACCACACAGUUACAACGUGACCACGUGUACCAGCACAUGUGACACGGUCCUAUACUCUUACACCGAUGGCUCUGCCUUCAUGAGCGUCAACAUCUCCAACCUGACUCCAGCCCCGGAGACCUUCAUCCACGUCGCUGCUUUCGUUGUUCGGCCUGACGCUGUGACUGGUGGUGAAAGGAUCCUUCAAAGUGAUCCUACAACUUUACACUUCAAAACGGACAUUCUCUUCUCCUUAGCAGAUUCUACUAAGCAGCACAACGUGAUCCCUGUCAUUUUGAAGCUGCUCAAGAUCGUGUCCCUGGUUCCUCCACUGUGGAUUCUUUAUCGUAUCAUCAAAAAAGGCAAGUCUCCUCUGUUGUGUUUUGAGUUGGAUCAUGACGUCUCAGAGGAGUUGAGAUCAAUGGAGGGUGUAAUUAUUGAUCUGAUCCCUGAGAAACCACAGGAACUGGCUGAAAAGGGGUAA